CCCCGGCCCGUCUGCGAUUUAGUCAACAGUUAGCGGCUUUGACCUUGGACUUGUCUUCCCAAAGUUCCCCUUUUCUCAAGUUGCUGCCCUUCGAUUUGCCUCCCUCCUCCAUCUCCGUCGCCCGGUUUCGUCUCCAGCUCCAUCAACAUUGUCCUAAAAAAUGAUCCGAUUCAUAUUGCUUCAGAACAGGCAAGGCAAGACUCGUCUCGCCAAGUACUACAUUCCUCUCGAGGAAUCCGAGAAGCACAAAGUCGAGUACGAGGUUCACCGUUUGGUUGUCAACAGAGAUCCGAAAUUCACCAACUUUGUAGAGUUCCGCACCCACAAGGUGAUCUACAGGCGAUAUGCAGGAUUGUUUUUUUCCUUGUGCGUGGAUAUAACAGAUAAUGAAUUGGCUUAUCUCGAGUGUAUCCAUUUAUUUGUGGAGAUACUUGAUCAUUUCUUCAGCAACGUAUGUGAGCUAGAUUUGGUCUUCAAUUUUCACAAGGUAUAUCUCAUAUUAGAUGAGUUCAUUCUUGCCGGAGAACUUCAAGAAACAAGCAAGAAGGCUAUCAUAGAGCGGAUGGGUGAAUUGGAAAAGCAAGAGUAAAGAUUAAUUUGUGGCACAUUUUUCAUGAGCUCGAGAAUACAGUCUCCCCCUUUUGUCCCCCAAUUCGCCAAAUAUUUGGUCAAAUUUUACCAUAUUUUGUGAAUAGUGCCCCAGUUGUAUUCCUGUUGCGAUGUCUGCAUUUUUUAAAUCGUCCAAGACAACCCUACCACUAGGUUUUGUGAAGAUAUUUUGACGUUGCUUGGUUGUCUAAUUGAUUGCGAAGUUCCAGUUUAUUUA